AGCAGCGAUCGUAACCAACCAUGAGAUCCCUCAAGCGUGCCCACCAGCGGCUUCCUCUGCGGUCAUCACCGGCCUCUCGCUUCCUCUUUUCCACAACAACCAGCACAGCGUCUUCUUCGUCUUCUUCUACAACGUCACAAAUUCCCAUCAACCCUAUUACCUCUGUGAUAAUAGCCAACCGAGGUGAGAUCGCCCUCCGCAUCGCACGCACUGCCUCGCUCCUGGGCAUUCGUACCACUACGCUCUACACCGACGUCGACCGCGCCGCGCAGCACACCCUCUCUUCGCCAGCCUCCUUGUCCCUGCCCUCUUACCUCGAUGGAGACCGCAUCCUCGACCUGGCUAAGCAGCACGGCAUACAGGCCCUGCACCCAGGCUAUGGGUUCUUGUCCGAGAAUGCCGCCUUUGCCCGCAAGUGUGAGGAGGCCGGCAUCGUCUUCGUCGGCCCCCCGGCCAGCGCCAUGGCAGAUAUGGGCGACAAGGCCAGGAGCAAGGAAAUCAUGACCGCGGCCGGUGUGCCCUGCGUCCCAGGCUAUCAUGGGUCCGAGCAGUCCGUCGAGGCCCUGCAGGGCCACGCGUGCGACAUCGGCUUCCCUGUCCUUCUCAAGAGCGUCAAGGGCGGUGGCGGCAAGGGCAUGCGGAUCGUGAGAUCCGAGGAUGAAUUCGCAGCGCAGCUGACCAGCGCCAGGGCCGAGGCGCGUGCCAGCUUUGGCGAGGGCGGCGAAGUCAUGCUCGUCGAGAAGUACGUCGUGCGGCCGCGCCACGUCGAGGUGCAGGUAUUUGCCGACCGCCACGGCGGCUGCGUUGCCCUUGGCGAGCGCGACUGCUCUGUACAGCGCCGCCACCAAAAGAUCCUCGAGGAGAGCCCCGCACCGCUGCUGGACGAACCCACUAGGCAGGACCUCUGGGACAAGGCUCGUACGGCCGCCCUGGCCGUCGGCUACGUCGGUGCCGGCACCGUCGAGUUUAUCCUAGACCGGGACACGGGCCGCUUCUACUUCAUGGAGAUGAACACGCGCCUGCAGGUCGAGCACCCCGUCAGCGAGAUGGUCACCGGCACGGACCUUGUUGAGUGGCAGUUCCGCGUCGCGGCGGGCGAGAGACUCCCGCUCACACAGGCAGAGAUCGAGGCGAGGAUCGCCGACAGGGGCGCAGCCAUCGAGGCCAGAAUCUACGCUGAGAACCCGGAGAAGGGCUUCAUACCCGACUCGGGGACGCUGGUGCACCUGUCCACCCCGGCCACAGACGAGGACGUCAGGAUAGAUGCGGGCUUUGCGGAGGGCGACACCGUCUCGCAGGCCUACGACGGCAUGAUCGCCAAGCUGAUCGUACGGGGGCCAGACCGUGAGACGGCCAUCCGGAAGCUCGAGCUCGCGCUGAGGGAAUACGAGGUCGUUGGUCUCAGCACCAACAUCGAGUUCCUCAAGAGGCUCUGCAGGAGCCAGCCCUUCAUCGACGGCGAUGUUGAGACAGGAUUUAUUGAAAAGCAUCGUGAGGACUUGUUUAGCCCUCGGCGGGUCGAAGACGAGACAUUCGUCCAGGCCAGCCUGGGCCUCCUCGCGGAGCAGCUGCGCAAAGAGGGGGCUGCGUCGUCGGGUCCCCAUGGCGAGACGCUCGGUUUCGGUCAUGGUAGCGCUACGACCAGCGAGAGGAACUACGCCUUUAGGGUAGUCGACGGCUACAGCGCACAUGAGGACGAGGUUGUCCGGGCGAGCAUCACGCAGCUGGGCCACAACCUCUUCCGCGCCUCCAUCUCGCGCAAGGAUCAGGAUGCCCCGCAGAUCUUUGACACUUUGGUUUGUGAACCUACUGCCACGGCACCAACAUUGUUACCAUCGUCGUCAUCAUCAUUAUCAUUUUCAUUGGCAAAGACCGCUGUCAGGACCUUCUUCCCGCUCGAGAGGAUUGACACCACGCUCGUGCGGGAUCCAACCCACGAGCAUAGGCUCAGUGUGUUCCAGCGCGGCGGCAAGACGGAACUAAUGCUGCUGCAACCGUCAUGGUACGAGAAGGCGCUGGGGCUGAAGGAGGUCACCGCGAGUGUGGUGGCGCCCAUGCCGUGUAAGAUCCUGAGAAACGAGGUCGCGGAGGGAAAGACAGUAGAGAAGGGUGCUCCGCUCGUUGUAAUUGAGUCCAUGAAGAUGGAGACGGUGAUUCGCUCACCGCAAAAGGGCGUCGUCAAGAAACUGGCGCACAAGGAGGGCGACAUCUGCAAGGCCGGGACGGUCCUCGUGCUUUUUGAGGAAGGCGAGAGCGGCGAUGACGCGGCGUCAUGA